CACCAAAAAUUAAACAUGAUAGUAAUAUGUGAUUUUAUAAUUAUUAUUGUAUUUUCUGGAAUAUAAUGGACAAUGUUUUACUUUGCUGUUUUUACAUAAGCUAUUCGUCGAGAGUAUAUUGGAUAUGGCGAGAAGCUGCCCUCUUGUGAAAUGAUGGUUAGCAAAGUAAUGAGACGCCUUUUCUACAGUGGCGAACGGGGAGGAAGGGAAGCUUGUGAUAAUCGCCAUUUUGUCGUUUGGGAAGAAACAGAACUGUUUCCUCAUGGCAAAGAAAACUGGAUAUCGAAUAGUGCGUAUAAGGUAUGGCUAGCCGGUCAACCACUGAGACCCCCAUAGGAACUGAGAAAGUACAGUGGGCAAAACCUCUGCAUAUUCAGAGAUUGGAGCGUGCUCUACGCCUCGACCCUUUUUUAGACUACGUACAGCAAGUUCUAAGUAAUCCUGUCAGUGACCUUGAUGACACUACUGAAACUGAAGGAGAAAUUGUAUCUGAUGAAACAAAUGACAGGAAAACCCUUAAUGGGGUACCUGCUUCUCGUCAAGAGAGAAGAUCAAGUAAAAUGUGUUUGUUUAACUUCAGCAAGGUGAAGAAAACUAGACGUUGGUUGAAGAGUAUUCUUUUAAGUGAUUCCUCUGAGUCAGAAGAGGACCAUGAUUUAACUCAUACAGAGGAGAAUAUUCAACAUAUGCUAUAUUUCCACAGAUUGAAAAAAGCAGCCCGAACUGAAUUUCUGUCAGACCCUGAGAUUCGACAAUACCAGUACUACAGUGUUGGACUAUUGUCUAACCAAGACAAGUACCAGGAGCAACAGAAUCUUGUCGUGGGUGGAAAGAAAAAACUAAAAGAGAAAAAAACAAUAACAAAGAAAAAAGCUACUAAAUUGAAGAAGAACAAGUCUGAAAAACUAGAGAAAAAAAUGGAUCAUCAAGGUUACAUUCUUCCAUAUGAACUACAUGAAGCAGCUGAGACUGCUUCUAGUUCAAAAGAUGGGAAACUGCGACAGAAGUCAUCUGAGGAUGGACAAAAAGAACCUACAUCCCAAAAAUCUCACUCCAAAAAGAAAAGUGCAGCUAAUCAUGAUGCAGUCAUGGCAAUGAAGAGACGGCGGCUGUGGACAGCUCUAGCAAAGAAAGAAAUUAGCAGAGCCCAGAAACAACGAGUUAAUGCUCAUAAAGAAGUGCUAACAAUGACGAGAAGGUUGGCUCAUGUCUGCCAACGUGAGUGUCGAAAAGCUGCCCUCUUGUCACAAAAAGUUAUGAAAGACACGCCUAGUCGAGCUCGCCGACUGACGAGAGAAAUGCUCCUUUACUGGAAACGUUAUGACAAAAUAGAGAAAGAACACAGAAAGAGAGCAGAGAAAGAAGCUCAGGAACAGAUGAGGAUGGAUAUUGAAUUAAGAGAGGCAAAACGACAACAGAGGAAGUUAAAUUUUCUGAUUACUCAGACGGAAUUGUAUGCUCAUUUCAUGAGUAAAAAAGUAUCUGGGGUACAAAAGGAUGAGAAACAGAAAGAAAUACUUUCUCAGUUGGAUGAAGAUACCACGGGUUCAGUAACAAGAAACCCUAUGUUGAAUAUUGAGGAGGAUGACUACAAUAGUGAAGAGGCAAAAGCCAAAGCUUUACAAACUGCUGAAGAAGCUUACAAAGCUCACCAAUCAAAGACAAAAGCAUUUGACAGUGAAAUUCUCCAGGUACUAAAGAAUGAUACUGGAGACUUAAACAAAAAUUUUCGAUUAACCAACCCAAGCCUCAGCACAGACAGUGACCUUCCACAGCCUCGAAUGUUUGUUGGAAAACUUAAAUCAUAUCAAUUAAAGGGAAUGAACUGGCUUCAUAAUCUGUAUGAUAAAGGAAUUAAUGGUAUCCUUGCUGAUGAAAUGGGAUUGGGCAAGACUGUUCAGACUAUAGCUCUGUUGGCCACAUUGGCCGAGAUUGAAGGUGUGUGGGGUCCAUUCUUAAUAAUUGCCCCAGCUUCAACCCUCCAUAACUGGCAGCAAGAGUUCACCAAAUUCAUUCCAAAGUUCAAGGUGCUGCCGUAUUGGGGGAACACCAGUGAUCGAAAGAUCUUGCGAAAGUUCUGGAGUCAGAAGGAUUUGCACACAGAACGUGCUUCUUUUCAUGUACUUAUUACAAGUUAUCAGCUGGUUGUGCAGGAUGUCAAAUACUUCCAACGGGUCAAGUGGCAAUAUCUUGUUCUGGAUGAAGCUCAGGCUAUCAAGAGUACUUCAAGUGUUCGAUGGAAGAUCUUACUAGGCUUCAACUGUCGAAACAGGUUAUUGUUAACAGGAACUCCAAUACAAAACAGCAUGGCAGAGCUGUGGGCUCUACUACAUUUCAUCAUGCCUACUCUGUUUGAUUCUCACGAGGAGUUUAACGAGUGGUUCUCCAAAGACAUUGAAAGUCAUGCAGAAAACAAGUCUGGUAUAGAUGAAAGACAUUUAUCCAGACUUCACAUGAUUCUGAAGCCUUUUAUGUUGAGAAGAAUAAAAAAAGAUGUGGAGAAUGAACUGUCAGACAAGAUAGAGAUAUUAGUGUAUUGCCAGCUUACAGAACGGCAAAAGUUACUUUACCGUAGCCUAAAAAACAAAAUAUCCAUCGAAGAUCUCAUGCAGUCUUCUUCAUCCACACCAUCUCAAGCCCAGUCGGUGACAUCAAGUCUUUUGAACCUAGUCAUGCAGUUUAGAAAGGUGUGCAAUCACCCUGAUCUUUUUGAAAGGAGAGAACCUAAAUCUUCUUUUAGAAUGCAGCUAGAUCCUUACAUCCUUCCAAAACUACUUUUUCGUGAAGGUAAGUUGCUGAAGUGUAGAUGUUAUGUUGAAAGUGUAUAA